GGGCACACCAAGCCGCACCGCAUCAUAUCGGGGAAAACAGUUGCUACUUUGUAGUUAUGACCGUUCGAUACGAUCUACCGCUUGUACCACUUAUGCUUACACCAAAGUGUGGUGAAGUACAUGCCCACGCCUUGCUUCGACAAAUCGCAUUGCCACCACGCCCCAUUGCAAGCACCAUUUGUCGAUCGUUAUCGAUGAACGGCGGCAACGAUACGACAGGUAAACAGCGUAACGCCGGUCGUUGUAUUACCUUUCGUGUCAAUUAGCCUAUCUCUGGUAGAUUGAUUUGCAGUACCGUCUCGUUGAUAUGGCCCCAUUAAACUGUCCGAGUGUGUGUGUAUGUGUAUACUUCUUCUAUGCCCUCUUCAGCUCUAGUGCGCCACCCGGAUUUCCGCUCACUGUUUAUAGAUUGCUAUUCAUAUGGUGAUGUAUAGCAAAUAGAUUAACCUUAUUACUCGUCGGAAGCAAAGGCAAGGAUAGUAUCAUUAGGGUCGAAAGCCUUAUCGAUCAGAUACACUGUCGCUAUGCUUCUGAAAGCACAUAAGCACCGGAUUUAACCUUAUCGUAACGCUUGUAACGCUUGCAACGCUUAUAGUGUUACCCGAUGGUUACUAAAACGACAGCAGAGAACAAAUGCGUAACAGUCGUAGCAGCCGCUGGCGUUAAAUUAAUAGCAACGAUGGAGCCCGUGUUGAAGUGUGUCCCCUGCUUCCACGACAGCUACGCACUGACGAAGGAUGAGCUGAAUAAGUACAUUGACGACCCCUGGUGGAUCAAGAUGCGGUACUGUUGCUUUGCUACCUGCUGGAUCGUAUGUCUGAUUGCGCUCGCCAUCUCGCUGUACAUUGCAGCGGAUGCGCUGCAGCACGACGUCUGCCUUACGCCGCUGACGAACAACGGAACGUCCCUCGGCCCGGCCGACCUCAGCAUCAGCACCAACGCCAUUCCGCUCGUGGCGGACGGUGCGGUGAGCACGCCGCCCUCUUCGAUCGUGUUUACCCUGCUGAACCAACCAACGUCGUAGAGGGCCCCCGGUGGUGGUAGCAGAACGGAUUGUUUCCGAUCCGUCGCAUCGCUGUGAUUUUCCACACUCGGACAAACGCCAACGCGGGAAGCCGAUGGCAUUAUUUAUUCUGAUUAUUAGACGCUAUCGUAGCAAAUAGUAGAGUUAUUGCACCGGGACCGAGAAUUUGUCGCUGCGUCACGUGUUGCCUCGGCAAGGGCACGCGCAAAAGCCGGGAAUCUGAUAGCUUGGGCACGUGUGCCGAUCUCGAUUCGAUCGUAUCCGGUUCGGGUGCAGGAUUUCCAACGCAUCUGGAAUCGGGUGAAGAUCGCUACUGUCGAAAGAUGAUGUAACGCGGUGGGACAUUUACUCAGCCCCGGCUAAUGUUUACGGUUAGCCCAGCGGUAAGGGCCGUUUGUUGAUCACGCAUCGUUGCAUCCCAUGCAACGGGAUGACAUUGAUGCCUAUUUGCAUUGCUGAGAUUAGUUGGCGAAGAAGCUUUGUAUACGUGAGAUUGAUUGUAAGCAUCUUGACAAUAAAUAAACGACGUGUAUUUGAUUUUAAACAA